AUGACCGUCGCAAAAUCCUACGACUACAUUCUUGUUGGGGCAGGCAUCGGCGGCCUGGUGCUUGCCUCCCGUCUCACCGAAGACCCCAACGUGAAUGUCCUCCUGAUCGAAGCUGGCGCUAACCGCAUCGGCGAUCCUCGCAUUGAAAUCCCUGGAUUUCUGGGAACUCUGUACGGAAAUCCAGACUUUGACUGGGAUUAUAUGAGCGAGCCUCAGGCCCAUGUCAACAACCGUCAAAUUGCGCAGCCACGAGGCCGGGUGGUGGGUGGAACAUCCGCCAUGAACUUUUCCGUGAUCAUGUACCCUUCCGAGAGCAACUUUGCGGCGUGGAAGUCGCUUGGCAACCAGGGAUGGGGACCCAAAGACAUGGCCCCGUACUUGAGAAAGUUUCAUACCUACACUCCACCCCUACCAGGGGUCGCCAAUUACCUGUCCCUGAACCGGUACAUGGACAAGGAUAACCAGGGGAAGGACGGCCCAGUGCCAGUCACCCUGCCCGAUGUAUACGGCGUAUUCAACAAGGCUUGGGAUGAAAGCUUUGAAAACCUUGGCUGGCGCAGUGAUGCAGACCCCAUCUCGGGUCGCAAGAUAGGCACAUUCACUGCACCAUUGUCUGUUGAUGGAACGACGGGUCGUCGCGGUUACGCCGCUGCGUACUACACGCCGGAGGUGGCACAACGACCGAACCUGGACCUGCUGGCUGAGACUGUCGUCGAACGAGUAUUGUUGACAAAGGAUGCCGACGGUCAGGCCGUCGCGACAGGCGUGCAGGUCCGGUCAAAGGGCGAAGAGAGCCGACAAAUCUCCGCGACUCGCGAGGUCAUCAUCUGCGCAGGAAGUCUCAACUCGCCACAGCUGCUGGAAUUAUCCGGUGUUGGUCAACGCGAGCUUCUAGAAAAACACAACAUCCCGGUCAUUGUCGACAGGCCCGGUGUUGGGGAGAAUCUGCAAGAUCACUGCUUGGCAGGCAUCAGCUUCGAAGUUGCGGACGGACAAAUUUCCGGUGACAUAAUGCGUGAUCCCAACAUCGUGCAAUCCUUGAUCGAACUUUAUGAGAAAACGAGGGCAGGUCCGCUGGCCGGAAUGCCCAUUAGCAUGGCAUACCUGCCUCUAAUGGACCAUGAGGGCCAGCUAUCGAACGAAAAGAUUCGAGAGCUGCUUACCCAACACCUUGACCAAGGCCUGGAGGAUGUCCCGCUGACUCGCCAAAAGCAGUACGCUCUGCAGCGGAAAUUGCUCCAAGACGGUGGCAAUGCCUCCUCUCAGUACAUGUUCUUACCAAUUCAAACGCACAUGUUAUCCGGCAAGACGACCAUGGCGGAUGUGCUGGAAAAGGCUCUCCCAGGGAACUACAUCACCAUCAUGGUCUUGCACAACCAUCCUUUCUCGCGGGGAUCAGUGCAUAUCCGCUCUUCCAGUCCCCAAGACAAACCGGUCAUUGACCCGAACUAUCUAUCGCAUCCUCUUGACAUCGAGAUCCUGGCCCGUCACGUCCAGUACCUUGAUCGAAUCGUCGCCACCGAGCCGUUUGCGGGGUUGUUGAAACCCAAUUCCCGGAUUCCUGAGCAGGCUAUUGAUCUGACUGACCUGGAGAAGACGAAGGAGAUUGUCAAGGAGCGUCUUUACACGUGUUUCCACCCAUCGGGCACUUGCGCCAUGAUGCCCGUAGAGCUAGGGGGUGUUGUGAACGCACAAUUGCGGGUGCACGGCACGCGUAAUCUACGGGUUGUCGAUGCAAGCAUCUUUCCCUUGGAGCCGGCGGGAAACAUCCAAGCUACGACGUACGCGGUGGCGGAGAGGGCAGCGGAUUUGAUUCGGGGUGUUUGA